AUGGCAGAGGAUAUAGGACCAGGCCCACAGCGCAUUUUACGACGACUGCUUGCAUUUCGGCAAUUGCUCGUUUCUGGCGGCUCUGUCAAUAGCUUCACUCGAUCACACUCAACCGGCGGUCUUGAUCCGGUUGCCUUGAUUCAUCCAACUGGCUUAGCAACGCGUUUUCUUAGCUCGUCACCUCGACGGCCUUGUGUACGACAGAUACAUUCUGCUAGCUCUAGUGAUCAUUUGGCUCUCCAUAACUCUAGCCUUAGCAAUGAAUAUUCUAAAGAAGAGAGUACUGGCUUUCAGACGACAUCGUCUCGAGAGCAGGAUGAAUAUCAGAAGCAGAGGCAAAAAGAAUAUGAAGUUCCGCCCGCCAAUUCCAACCGAUCGGAUAGGGCGGGCUCUUUUUCAGAGGGCUUUUCCCUUCUGGCUUGUGCUGGUUCUGCACAGGGUAGGUCGACUCGAUCCAGUACUCACUUGAUUCAUGCACUACGACGGCGCUUUUCAUUGCGCUUGCGGCGUCGAUCUGGUCAGGCUAAUUCAACUGGCAUACAAGAAGCCGCUUUUGUGCUUGCUAGCUCUGGGGAGUCUAGAAAAGCGCCAUUCGUACCUGUUCAGUGCAAGCGAUGUGGUGUAUCCACAGGAUCCACUCCUUAUGAACGCAGAGAAUCAUCAUUAACCAUGAGACCAGAGGAAGUGGAGCAUUCUUUGGGGCUGGAUACCGAAUGUGCCUCCUGCCAACACUUAAGCAGGUCUCAUUCUUCUAUUCGCCUCGAUUCCACUCUUAUGACAAACGUGGUAAGGGUAUACAUAAUUAUUUUACACUAUGCAUCUAGACUGCCUGCUUAUUGUUCCAGUAUGUCAACUUCUUCCGAGCCUGAGUUAUCUCUUAUCUCUGUCUGA